AUGGCAAGGGCAGGACAGCAGCAGCAGCAGCAACGGAGCAGCGCAUUGUUCUUCGGGGCUACUAUGGUUCUGUGGGGCAUAUCGGUGGCAUUCGAGAUAUCCUUCAAAGGGAAAAGAGAUCUCCUGGCGGUCGUCGGGGGAUUCUGCUUUUACCAGGGGGCGAAUUGGAUCGUGCGCUGCUCACUCUCCAGGGACCCUCUCUUCGUCAACACCUCCGUCUCCUUGAUUCAUUCUACUGUAACCUCUGCUUCAGGUAAUUAGGCAAUCCCCCUCCCACCCCCACCAACUCUAUCCGUAUCUGUGUGGAAAGUGGUGUGCGAUUCUUGUGGUUGUACGAUUGUUAGCCAGAUAUUUUUGGUGCUACAGGACGAGCACUCCGGAGAGGGCUCUAGGUUUUUUUCAAUCUUUCAAUAGAGCUUCCCGAUUCCAUGACCAUAGCCACGGUGUAUCUUCCAUGCGGUGAAAGUGAAAGGGUAGAAUAGCUAGAGGGAAUGAAUCUGAUGGGAGGCGAUGAAAGGGGCUCCAAGUGAAGACAUCCGUAGCCACUUGUCUUCCAGAAACUCAUAGCUACGUGAUUCACGAGCAAUAUGAAAUUGAGGGCUAGAAACCAUCUUUUAGUUCGAUCACAUGUCGUGGUUGAAUACAAUUUUGUUCUCGACACAUUCUCUCUGGUAGAUGGCAGGAUUUAUCAUUGCACUCGUUGUAGAAACUUGGUGUUUUAUCUUUGGAAUCUGUUCAUGGGAUCAGGGCCACUUCGGAUUAUCCCUUCAGAUCUAAAUAUCUUGUCCAAUUUGGUGAUGUGCAGUUGUUCUCAUUUUGGUAAACCAAUGGCUAGACAAAGGCCUCGGUUCCAUGUUUGACCAUUCACAACUCUUCGGUGGAGCAUGGUGGGGUGCAUACACGGCAUUGUGCUUCUCUUGUGGUUACUUCGCUUAUGACCAGUUGGACAUGCUUCGUUAUCGGCUGUACAGUGGCUGGAUUCCUUCAAUACUUGUUCAUCAUCUAACAUUAUUGGUCUGCUUCACACUGGCACUGUAUCGGAAUGUGACGAUCAACUACCUUAUCCUCUCUCUUGUCUGUGAGGUAAAUCUGCAUAUCUUACCUGAAAUAGUUCUUCUUGUCUUCUUCUUCUUCUUCUUCUUCUUCUCAUGGUUAUUAACCGACCUGCAGAAUGCCGGAGUUUCAGUUUAUACCCACCCUUCUUACCAAUCUUGCUGACCAUUCCUAUCAACCCAAUGCCAUUUAUAUCUAUUUUAUGUUAUUUAUAGUUUAUUUUCCGGAAACUUUACUGUGGGCUCGUUGAUGAAUCUCUGAAACGGGCAUCUCAUGCUUACAGCCCGGAGUCAACCGAAAAUCAGAGGUUCACUGUUGUGAGUUAAGAGAUGUAUGAGAAAUCAACUAGGGUUAGCCUAGUGAGAAUCAAAAGCGCGAGGAAGUCUCUACGCCAUAAUCAAGCAGGAGUUAUUAAGUUCUACUUUAAUUUUAUUUUAUUUUGUUCUAGUUGCAUUGAAUCUGUUUCAAGGAAGCAGACUAGUACAUCACUACGGAUCUAACCAUUCCAUCACACUUUCUCAGUCUUCUAUUAUUCUUUGAUCACAUUUUGGGUUGAUCUAUCUAUAGACUAAUGGACUACUAGCCAGCUGGGUUUUCACUCGUAUGAAACGAAUUCAAACUCUUCUAUUGCUAUAUUUUCCAGUUACUUAUUCCACUUUAAUGUAGGAAUAUCAUUAACAGGCCCAGAAUCAAUAGCGGAGCCAAUUCGUAUCGUCAAAAAAUAAAUAAAUUAUAUAGUCCAAAAGAAAUAUCAUUCCAUAUGCGAGAUGAAUAUAUCUUCCUUUUGCAGCUUCAUUCGAUAUUUCUCCACGUGAGGAAGGUGGGGAGGAUGUCCGGAGUCCGGGAUUCCUACAGCAGGAUCGUGAGGGUCGAAUGGGCCCUGAACUGGGUCGCCUUCUUCUCGGCGAGGUUCCUCUGCCACCUUCUCAUCACUUACAAGCUGAUCAGAGACGCCCCCAAGUUCGGUAAAGGGAUUGAACUCCCGCUGGCCCUCCUCGGGAUGGCCGGGAUGAACGUUCUCAACAUAUUGCUCGGCCUUGACCUCUUCAGAGCCUUCAGACGGGAGAGGAGUCAACUGAAGAACAAAGAUUGA